AUGACGGGGUUUGCACCGCUAGAUGCUCCCGUUACGAAUGGGUCCACGGAUAAGAAGCGCAUUGCCUACUUCUAUGACUCGGAUGUGGGCAAUUAUGCCUACGUCGCUGGGCACCCCAUGAAGCCUCAUCGCAUUCGGAUGACCCACAGCUUGGUGAUGAACUAUGGACUUUAUAAAAAGAUGGAGAUAUAUCGCGCAAAACCCGCCAGCAAAUUUGAGAUGACGCAGUUUCAUACCGAUGAAUACAUAGAUUUCCUUGCCAAAGUUACACCCGAUAAUAUGGACCAGUACGCGAAGGAACAGAGCCGUUAUAAUGUUGGUGAUGACUGCCCUGUGUUUGACGGUCUUUUUGAGUUCUGUGGAAUCAGCGCAGGAGGCUCCAUGGAAGGUGCUGCGCGCCUCAACAGAAAUAAAUGCGACAUUGCAGUCAACUGGGCGGGUGGUCUUCAUCACGCAAAGAAAAGUGAAGCAAGCGGCUUUUGUUACGUUAACGACAUUGUUCUCGGCAUUCUCGAGCUUCUGCGUUUCAAACAGCGUGUUCUUUAUAUUGAUAUUGAUGUCCACCAUGGGGAUGGUGUCGAGGAAGCAUUCUAUACUACCGACCGUGUUAUGACGGUCUCAUUCCAUAAAUAUGGAGAAUACUUCCCCGGAACCGGCGAACUGCGCGACAUCGGUGUCGGUGCAGGGAAGUAUUAUUCUGUCAACUUCCCUCUCAGAGAUGGCAUAGAUGACGUUUCUUAUAAAGGCAUCUUUGAACCGGUUAUCAAACAUGUUAUGGAAUGGUACCGCCCAGAGGCUGUCGUCCUUCAGUGCGGUGGUGAUAGUUUGUCUGGUGACCGUCUGGGAUGUUUCAACUUGAGUAUGCGUGGUCAUGCAAACUGCGUUAAAUACGUCAAAAGCUUCAACCUCCCUACAUUAAUCCUGGGGGGUGGAGGUUACACAAUGAGAAACGUUGCUCGAACGUGGGCAUAUGAAACUGGUGUGCUUGUUGGAAAUCAGCUUCCAACAGAGCUUCCAUAUAACGACUAUUAUGAAGUAAGUUUUUCAGAUUAUCCAACACUCUAUGCAGGCUGUGUGCUUACGGUAUUUCAGUACUUUUCUCCUGACUAUGAAUUGGAUGUUCGGCCAUCGAACAUGGAUAAUGCCAACUCCAAGGAGUACCUGGAAAAGAUUCGAAUGCAAGUUGUUGAAAAUCUACGGCGCACUACGUUUGCUCCAUCAGUCCAAAUGACAGAUGUCCCGAGGGACCCAUUAGUUGAUGGUAUGGAUGACGAAGCGGAUGCUAUCCUCGAUGACCUUGAUGAAGAUGAGAAUAAGGAUAAGAGAUAUACAAAACGACGAUUUGACAACUACGUCGAAAAAGAUGGCGAACUAAGCGAGAGUGAAGAUGAAGAAUCUGCAGCUGCAAACGGUGUCCGUCGCCAACCCAAUAGAGAAAGGAGGCGAGGGAAUAUCAAUUACCGUCACCUGGAUGGGGACUCCAUUAUAGACAGUGGGAUUGUUACUCCUCGAGACGAGUCAUCCAUGCCGGAGGAGGAGCCUGAGCAGGCUGAUAAGAUGGACGAAACAGAAAAUGCAGAACCUCCUGCCAAGCCCUCUCCUGCCGUUGAACCUUUAACCAAGCCAGAUUCACAAAUGGAGGAUGAUGAGACUCCGGUCGCCGAAACCAACGGUGCCGCUCAAGAGGUCGAGGAGAAAGAGCCUCCCGUUUCCACACCUGCCUCGAACUUAGCAGUUCCUCAUGACAAUGCUGACGGGGACACCACCAUGGAAGACGCAGAUGUUAAUAUGGACGAAACUAUCGAGCUAGAACCUCCAGCUGAGGAACAAGAGGAAGAAUCUGCUGCAAAGGCUCCUGCACGGGAGACGACACCCCCAAAACCGCCAGCGGCGGAAGAAACCAAGUCGAAUGCUUCUGGGGCAGAAAACACUGCUGCAGAGCCUACGCAGGUAACUGAUACCACGGAAGCCAAGGAAACAAAGCUUGAUACUGAUGAGUCUAAGGAGGUUCCAAAAGAGAAAGAGUAA